AUGAAAUUUCUGUUUAUAACUUUGCUAGGGUUACUUUGUACUUUGGUAAUAUGUGAAGAAAUCUCCAAUGGUGAUUCAAACAUACCAGACACUUCAAAUGAAGGUUCAGAUCAGGGAUCAGAAGAAUCUGAAGUGAAGAAAAUUGAUUAUCCUGAUCCAAUAUCAUUGAAAGAAUUUGAUAAAAUAACAAGUAAGAAAUUAGUUCUUGUUGAGUUUUUCUCUCCUUAUUGUCAUCAUUGUAAAGAAUUUGCUCCAACUUGGAAAGAAUCAUAUAUGACAUUUAAAAAAUUGUAUCCUAAUUAUGACAUUGAAAUGAGACAGGUUAAUUGUGUUGAAAGUGGUGAUUUAUGUGAACGUGAGCAUAUUGAUUAUUAUCCAAAUCUUCAAUUAUACGCCCCAGCUUUGAAUAAAGAAGGAAAAAAUACUGGAAAACUGAAAAAUAUUGAUACUUUCCCUAGAAAUCUUGAUAGAACUGUUGAAACUAUUAUCAAGUAUUUGAAAGAAUCUUAUGCUGAAUAUGAUUCAGGAGCUAUUAAUUUGCCAAGUUCAUCUAAAAAGUUGGAUGUUGAUUCUAUGUUCAAGAUCAUUGAUGGUGAUAUACAAACACCUAUUUUUGUUGCAUUCUUUCCGGCAACUUCAAAGCAAUGGGACAGUGUUGAAAAUAAAGGAAAAUUAUCAUUCACUAAUUGCCCUGAAUGUAUUCCAAACAAAAGAGUCUGGGAUAGAUUAUCUAAUCAAAUCCUUUCUAUUGCAGAAACUGGACACUUUAUGUGUCGGGAAAACAAAGCGAUCUGUGAAAACUUAAGAGUUGGCACUAAGAACUAUCCACAGUUUGUAAUGUUUUUACCAAAAUCUGUCGGACUUGUUAGAUUUGAUUAUGACGGUUUUGUCGAACUUGAUGAUAUGAAAAAUUGGGUCAAUAAAUUAUUCAAAAAUUCAAGGUUUGAUGUUGUUUCUGCUCGUGGUAUUACUGAAGUUAUGGAAUAUACCAAAGUUUUAUCCCAUGAUCCAAUUGCACAUUUCUAUCCACUACAAAGCAAGAUUGUGGUCUUGUUCUACUUUGAUGUAGAUAAAGUCACCCCUGAAGAUGAAAAGAUCUUACCACAUUUAGUUCAAAUGUUGCAAAAGUCACCAUUCAACAUUGAGUUACAUAAGGCAAAACAUCUAAGAAUAGAAGAGAAUAUUGAGACUAUGGGUAAGAACUUGAUUGAUUAUAUAAACUACGAUGAAAAUGACAAAUAUGAAUAUGAUAAAGCAUUACAUGUUGCAACUACCUUGACAACAAAACCUGGUAUAUAUGUAUUCAAAGAUAAUUCAUUAAUUGCUGAUGUCUAUCAAAGUUUUGCUCCUGAAGAUAUGAGAAAUCACGAUAAAAUUCAACAAUUCAUUAACCAAGUCCAGUAUCCCUUGUAUGGCCAAUUAACCCCUGAAUUAACUCCUUACUAUUUCAACAAAGAUGAAAACUACAAGGACUAUAAGAUUGUCGUGUUAUUUGUGGACACAGAAAAUAUGACUGAAGCUGAUAAACAAUUAUACAACUUGUCAUUAAUGGCUCACGAAUACAAUUAUUUGAAACUGAAGUUCUACUUUGAUGUUUUACAACACAACAGACAAGAAAAAAUGGAUAGAGUUGAAAAAUUAAAACAACAAGAUGCCACAACUAUUGAUAUUUUAAAAGAAAUGAGAAAAGAAAUUCCUCAUUUAUGGAAUACCAAAGAUCAUGUUUUGUUUACAUUUAUUGAUAAGCCAAAGGCUAAAAAGGACUUUCGUUGGGUAAGAGGCUGGAAUCUCGAUCCACGUAAGUACGAAGUUGGUGAUGUUGUUAUAUUGUCAAAAGACGGUAAAUACUACACAGAUAAAAAUACCGAGGGUAAAAAAUUGGUCAAUGAUCCAAAAGAAAUGAAAAGAGUAUUGAUGUCUUUCUUGAACAAAGAUAAUACUGUGCCACUCAGAUUACUUUCCACACCAUAUGGUGGAAUUUUUGGAUUUAUGGACAAUGUACAUCAAUACGGAUUUUUGGGAUAUUUUGGGUUCUUUAUUUCCAUUUAUGUUAUAAUAACUGUCUUACUCAAAUUAAGGAGGAGGUUUAUAAGAAAAGGUUCUAAUUCAUCAUCUGGUUUAAUUGGAAAUUUUGAACCUAAGAAGGAUUAA